GUGACUUAAGAUCAACUUCCUUAGUGCUGAUAGUAGUUGAGGUUGUUGCUGUAUGGACGUCUCACCACGUUAAACAGAUAUAACGAUAAUAACUUUUCUUUAUCGAUAGUACGCAACACAGCUGUUGUAGCGGCUACCUAGAGAUACUGAAUGAAAGCAUUCUGAUUCUGAAGCGAAUCGCCAGCGACCCCGAUGAAGUAAAUUACACACUUCAAAUCUAAAUGCUUGGACCAGGAAGACUGUCUGUUAUUUUCCUUGUAACACUAAAGGCUACAGAAGUGGUUUAUGGAACUGCUGUACCCCAACAACCAUGUGAUGUCCACUUUGAAUCCUUUAACCUGAAGAAUGUCUUGCAAUGGAGUCCAGGGAAAGGAAACAACAAUGGAACUCGCUAUACAGUUCAGCAUAUAAUUUAUGGCGGGGAGAAAGACAUUUGGCAUGAUCAAGAGCAGUGUACAAAUAUCAUCAGAACGUGGUGUGACCUUUCCAAAGAGACCAGUGACUUACUGUUAGAAUACUAUGCAAGAGUUAAGGCUGUCUCAAAUGGCAUUUCUUCAAACUGGACAGAAUCUACAAGGUUUAAUCCAAAAUUGCACACCAAAAUUGGGCCCCCAUUCUUGAAAGUCAGAGCUGAUGAAAGAUCAAUUUUUAUCCGAUUAUGGGGUCCAAAUAAAUGGCAAUUUGAUAACAAAACCAAAGCAAAGUCAAUGGCUAAAUAUUACAAAAGCCUGCAAUACAAUGUGUCUCUGUACAAUGAAAAAACUAAACAGUUGCUGUACUUCCAACUGAAAAACAAGUCUGAAACAUUUGACAAGUUAGACCACAACACACAGUACUGUGUGUCUGCUAGGACAACGGUCUUAGGACAAAACAGUGAACCUUCCACAGAGCUCUGUGUGACCACACCAAAGGAUACCUCUUCAGAAUGGUUGGUCUUCAUCAUGUUUGGAUGUAUUUUGCCUUCCAUGAUUGCUUUCUUUCUUAUCGUUGUGAUUUUAUAUCUUAUGCACCGAUAUGUGUUUGGCAACAACCAAAAACCACCCAAAAACCUGUUGCUGCAGAACAAUUGUGAGUCAAAGGCAAGGGUCGUUUUUGUUCCUUAUGACAACUUAAAAGUAAACAUUAUCACCUUUAGUGCCAUUGACAACUCCACUUUCAAUCCCGGGGUCGAAACUCAGCAGAUCAAGAAUGGUUCUGCCUAUGUAAUCCAAUUCACCAGUGAAUCUCAACCUGUAAAUCACUUGGGCUAUGCAUCCCAGCUAGAAGAACAUUUUCUAGCCAAAGAUCCUGAAACUUUGGCAAGCGAUGAAGGUCAACAAAACGAGGCCCCCAAUUACAGGAGACACACAGGAAUGAGGCCACUGAGUGAAGAUUUUGGAUAUGGAAUUGUUCUGAAGGCUCUGUCAUCCUUCGAACAGCACCAGCUGUCAGAAAACAAAGACUUAAUGAGGCCUUCUUCCAUUGGGGUUAGUCAAGAAGCAGCAUUUAACCCAGGCUUUGAAACCCACCUGAUCAGUGAAGAGGAAGCUGUGCAACCACAGCUUCAUUUAUAUACUCAAACACAGAUGAGAAAAGGACAAACACAGAACAGUGAGGGUAGCGAUUGUCAGCAGUUUGACAAGGAAACAAAGAGUCUAUGCUGGGAUUUCCCAGAGGAAGCUGAACAAGGAGAAGGAACCGUUCUUGUGGACUGGGACCCUGAGAGUUGUACGCUGCACAUGCCCACCUUUCAUGAACUGGAAAAUGAAGUGCCGGUAGUUGACAGUGAAAAGGCAGAAUGUUAUGUGGAGGAAAAGACUAACCUUUUGCCCACUGUGUACUUGAGGCAGUCUUCAGGAGAGCCUUCUGACAAUGAAGACACCUACCUGACAAGAUUAGUUAAAAACUGGGGCCUGCAUGUACAAAUGGAGGAAUAAGUUGUCUGCAGUUCAACACAUGUGUUCAACACAGACCUAAUGUGUAAUUGUAAGAAACAUGGCGUUGCCCCAAGGCCUUAAACAAUAUAUGGUAUUUACUGUAUAUAGGAACCUGAUAUCACCAGACUGUAAUCCCUAGAACACAACUGAAUUCAAUACUUACAAUAAGAGAGGCACUUUGAACAGGCAGUCACCUUAGGACUAGUUAAUGUAGGUUUUACUGUGAUACAGGAAAUACAUAAAAUGUUACCAAUGUAACAUUGUUCGUACAAUAAGAAGCAGCACAGAAGAAAGCAUCUCACUUUUAUUAGUAAUGGGCUACCAUUGAGUGGACUGAAUAUGUUUAUGAGCCUGGCAUUCGAUGCUGCUGUAGUUCGGCAGGUCGAGUGAGCAAUGUUGUAGAAUUUGAAAAAACUGCAGCAUUAAUGGUUAAUAUAUCUUGUCUAUGCUUCAUUUAAGCAAGUACCACAGGUAGGAAUUACACAGGAGUACUUUUUACUUGCAGGGUUCUGCUGAAUGGAAAUUAGUAUAAGUAUUAUUUGUAUGCAUUUGACAAAAUGUUCUACUUAAUUUACUAUGAUGGAAAGAGGCAGAUUGUUAUACUACAAUUAAUGCACAUAGUACGUAAGCUGUAAUUAUAUGCGAUAUAAUAAGUUAUAAGUAAUUACACAGUACUUAAUGUUUACUUACAGAAAGUCCUGAUUUAAAACUUACAGGAAUAUUACGGGAAAUAUGAAGAUAAAGUUAAGACUGAGGUAUUAAACCAACAGUGUAGCUUUCUUUACUGCAAUGGUUUUUUUGACAUGUACUGUAAAUGGUACAAGUGAAGGCUAUGUAAUCUUAUCUUUAGUGCUUGUUUAGUUUCUUCAAGGGUGUUUUGGCUAUUUUGUGUGACCUUCCAUUUGCUGGUAGGAUGUUAAUAAAAUACAUGUUUUAUUUGGUAUAUAUGUUACAGUAAAAGUCUGAAAUCAGUGCUUGUAUAAAAUCACUAAAAUUAGCCAGUGGAUGUGUGAAAAAUUGAGAAAACUCAAACAUUUUAUACAUUCACUAGGGAUUGUAUAGAAUCACUGGAAGCUGUUAGUGAAUGUGUUAAAAUAGACUAAAACAUUUCAUACAUUCACUAGGGAUUGUACCGAGUCAAUGGUAGCACAUGCGUAGAUGCCUUUUUUUAGUUACAUUUAUCUAUGAACAUUUUAAAUGCAUUUAUAGUUUUAAACUGCACAUUAAUUUUUUUAACUAUAUUAUAAUUUUUGCUUUUUCUUUGCAUUUCUAUUCUAUGGACAUUUUACAAAAAAAUUUGUUUGAAGAUUAAGUUGU